UCGGGUUUUCGUCUGUUAUAAAAACGUGAGGUGUGACAGUGCGUGCGUGGCGUGACGGUAUCGCGAAAAUGACAACGUCGUCGAGCGUUCUGCCGUCGUAUCAGCGGUUCGUGAACGGUGUACCGGUGUCCCUGUUCUCGAGACGGUCGUUCCGUCCGCGUGAGAAGUAUCUGAUUCUGUUGGUGUUUUUGUCGUUCGGUGUCGUGUGUUUCGGUACGUUCUUCUUUCUGCCGGAUUUCCGUUCGGGGACCGGCGGCGCGGCGGUGAACAGCGUGUACCGCGUGUACCAGCACAUGCAGAAAGCGGGACCGGAGCUGCUCAUACCGGCGCCACCUCGUAUGCAAGUGGGCCUGAAGGGCCCCGUGGCCCAUCCGAACGCGGUGCCAGUCGGCCACGAGGGAGCCGAUCAUCAGGAUGUCCAUCUGCUCGAGGACAAGCAAAAGCUGCAGGCGAAGAUCGAUGAGGAGUACCAGCAGCAGAAGACGCUGGAAAAACCGGAAGUGAAUGGUGGUGAUACGCGAGUGCGUGUUAGUAGUUCGUCGUCUUUGGCCGUUCACCGAAAGGACGAUGUUCUGGAGACAGUGCCACCCGCUCCAGCGGAUAAACUUCCUUUGACCGUCGGUGGAGAGGAUAAGGACCCCAUCGCCAGGGAGCGGAGGGACAGGGUGAAAGAGCGUUCCCCGCAGUCGUGCAACACAGCGCGCAGCUAA